CUGCGCAGGGGCAGUAAAUGCCGCUUUUCGACGUUCGUGCCUCCGACAGCGGCAGAGACAAAGUAGUUUCUAGCCCUUUCUUCUAGCGCUUUAAACCGCCGGCUUUGCUUUUACAACUGUCAGAAUAUUCAGCCAGAUUGUCGCGGGUAUCAUCUGUAUUAACUUCACUUUUAGUAAUGCCUCGGGGCGGGAAAAAGGGCCACAAGGGCAGAGGGAAGCAAUUCAGCAACCCAGAGGAGAUUGACCGACAGAUGAAAGCACAGAGAGAGUUGGAGGAAAAGGGUGGGGUAGAAAAAGAGAGCUCUUCAGAGUCUGAGAGCAGCAGUGAUGAUGAAUCUGAGUCCAGGAAGAGGAGUGGAGUGGAGGGGCUUAUAGAGAUUGAGAAUCCCAACCGUGUGUCUCAGAAGAGCAAGAAGGUGACUGAGGUAGACGUCACUGCUCCCAGAGAGCUGACUCGCAGAGAGAGAGAGGAGAUAGAGAAGCAGAAAUCAAAAGAACGCUACAUGAAGCUCCAUCUUGAGGGGAAGACUGACCAGGCCAAAGCCGACCUAGCCAGACUGGCCAUCAUCAAGAAACAGAGGGAGGACGCUGCCAAGAAGAGGGACGAACUCAGGAAAGAAGCUGAAGAAGCCAAAGCAAAGCGCUAGUCCAUCUGAAAACCUCAAUAUGCACUUCAGUCUCAGAGGGAUGGAGAGAGAAGGAGAUCUGGAGGAGGAGGAGGAAGGAGAGGGGACCAAUUCAAGUGGCAUCAGAUCCGGGGUGCUCCUGAACUCCCGUCCCUCAUUUCAAAUCAGAGGGACGUGGUUCUUCAAGUGUGGUCAGGACAGGGGAAACGGGUGGAGCAAAGCGAGAUGAAGAGGAAUGCAGCAUUUGGGAUGCCUCUAGUUUUCUUUAAAAUUAAGAGGAGACAGUCGCAGGUUUUCCAAGUGCUUCACUGCUUCUUUACUCUUCCCCACCCACCAUUGUUUUAAUUCUAAAGCUGCUGAAGUUAUUUCCAUUCCUUUUGAUUUAUCCUUACAAGCUUACCUAAUGCAAGUUUACUUAAUGACUGAACAGAUGUUACAGUGAGCGGGCAUGAGGAUUUUUUUGGUGCUUCACUUUUCCUUCCAUCUCGCCUGUUUUGUACAGUAAGAACGCAAAUCAGUGACAGAUGGAGAAAAGAACACUAUUCAGAGGAUAAACUGAUAAAUAGGAAUUAUACAAUGUAGGUAAUAUUGUGGAUAUGUAUGCACAAGACAUUGGUAUAAUUUUGAUUUGAAAUGUUCUUUCUUCCCACCAUCCAAACCUGACUCAAAUAUUCUCCUUUUUCCACCAACUUUUCUUUUUUUGGUCCCAGUGUUGGUUUUGCCUUGUUUUGAGCCCCUUUUUUUUCAAUUUAGUUGGAAGAAGUAGUUACCCUACCACAACACAAGUAGAAAUUUAGUUUCGGUUGCUUUUUCAUGGAUCUUUUGCCCCAAUUAACACUGUUCUCGCUUGAAUCAUCUUAUUGCUGUCAGUUCAAACAUGUUUCGAAAUGUGUUUUGUUCUCUUUUGCUCAAAACACAAGGAAUAUUACUUGAAUUGCCUAUAAUAAGCAUUUUUAAGUUGUUAAAUAUCAGUGCUGGAAGGCAUUGUCUCAAAUUGCCUCAGUAACUGUGGCCUUGCCCUGUUUCUGAUGGGAUCCUCUGUGGUUCAGUAGGAAGGAUUGUGUCUUUUGUUGCCUUUUCAAAGUUUACACAAGACCAGUUCACUGUCUUUCUCCUGUUAUUAAAGUGCUACAAAGAACCUAUGCGGAGUUAGUUUAUUAGAUACGCUUACACAGGUGUACACAAAAGUCAGUACUCGGUAUGUGGUGGAUUUGGAAAUGCCUCGAUCAGGAAAACAGUCCCUCAAGUAUGGAGGUACCAAAAAAAAAGUAAGAGUAAAAAUUUAUUCAUGUUUUCCAUCAUGUAUUUGAAGUCAUUUUAAAAAAAUAAAUUCAUUAAUAAAUCAA